GCGCGGGGAGCGGCCGCGGCGCUGGCAGCGGGUUCCCGGGCCGGACGAGAGCAGAUGGCGGCCCUGCUCCUCCUCUACCUGCCCGUCCUGCCGGGGCUGGCCGGCGCCUUCAACCUGGACACGGACAACGUGAUCAGCUGGAGCGGGGAGACGGGCAGCCUCUUCGGCUUCUCCCUGGCCAUGCACCGGCAGCUGCAGCCGCAGGAGAAACGGCUAUUGCUGGUUGGAGCUCCCCGGGAAAAGGCCUUUCCAGCCCAACAAGCCAACAGAACAGGAGGGCUGUACAGCUGUGACAUUGCAUCUCCAAAUACAAAUUGCAUGCGUGUCAGAUUUGAUGAGGAGACUGACCCGAAAAUGGAGAGUAAAGAAGACCAAUGGAUGGGUGUAACUGUCCAAAGCCAGGGGCCAGGAGGAAAUGUGGUGACGUGUGCACAUCGCUAUGAGAAGAGGCAGUAUGUAAACACGGUGCAGGAAACCCGGGAUAUCAUUGGAAGGUGCUAUGUGCUGAGCCAGGACCUCACUAUUAAGGACGAUAUGGAUAAUGGAGUAUGGAGUUUUUGUGAUGGUCGUUUAAGAGGCCAUGAGAAGUUUGGUUCCUGUCAGCAAGGUGUUGCUGCUACUUUUACUAGAGACUAUCAUUAUAUUGUGUUUGGUGCCCCAGGCACUUACAACUGGAAAGGGGUGGUUCGUGCAGAACAAAAGAAUCAGACAUUUUAUGAUCUGGGUAUCUUUGAUGAUGGGCCUUACGAAGUUGGUGAUGAGAGCCGCCAGGAUAAGAAUCUAGUCCCUGUUCCAGCUAACAGUUACUUAGGUCUUCUAUUUUUGACAGCUGUAUCUGAUACUCAUCCAGAUCAGUUUGUGUACAAAACAUUGCCUCCCAGCAUACAGGUGGACAAGUCAGUGGAUGUAAUGAUGAAUAGCUACUUAGGUUUCUCUUUGGACUCUGGUAAAGGAAUUGUCUCCCAAGAUGAGAUGACUUUUGUGUCUGGUGCCCCAAGAGCGAACCACAGCGGAGCUGUUGUUUUACUGAAAAAAGAAAAAAAUCAGAGAGCACUUUCCCUGGAGCACAUGUUUGAAGGAGAAGGGCUGGCCUCCUCUUUUGGCUAUGAUGUUGCUGUUGUGGACCUCAACAGUGAUGGCUGGCAGGACAUCGUUGUUGGGGCCCCACAGUACUUUGACAGAAGUGGGGAUAUUGGGGGCGCCGUGUACAUCUACAUGAACCGCCAAGGGAAAUGGGCAGGGGUGAAACCUCUUCGCUUAAAUGGAACCACUGACUCCAUGUUUGGACUUGCAGUUGAAAAUGUUGGGGACAUUAAUCAGGACGGAUAUCCAGAUAUUGCAGUAGGGGCUCCAUAUGAUGGUUUUGGCAAAGUAUACAUUUAUCACGGAUCCGAGAAUGGAAUAAAUACGAAACCAGCACAGAUUCUUGAUGGUGAAAAAACAAACACCCAUUUCUUUGGUUACUCUAUUGCUGGAAAUAUGGAUCUGGAUAAAAAUUCCUACCCUGAUGUUGCUGUUGGUUCCCUGUCAGAUUCUGUAAACGUGUACAGAUCUCGGCCUGUGAUAAGCAUUAGAAGAAACAUUACAGUACAGCCUGAUAGAAUUGAUCUAAAGAAAAAGAACCCUGAGGAUCAAGGUGAAGUAAGGAUGGAUGUGAAAGCGUGUUUUAAAUAUACUGCAAACCCCAGAGAUUUAAAUCCAAGAAUAAAGAUCGAUUACACGUUUGAAGUGGAGAACGAGAGGCGGAAGCUGGGCCUGCCCUCCAGGGUGCGCUUCAGUGACCACUCCUCUGAUCAGUUCACUGCAAGUACAACCCUCCGGGGACAGAACGCAUGGGAGUGUGUGACUACAAGGCUGAUACUGCAGGAUAAAAUUAAAGAUAAGCUACGUCCCAUUCCAAUAUCAGUCAGUGUUAAAAUUGCUGGCCUGGAGUCAUCAUCCAGGAGAAAAGAGAGUGCGCUUCCAGAUCUUACACCAAUUCUAAAUUCAAAUGAAUCUGAAACAGAGACCACAAAAGUGGAGUUCUUAAAAGAAGGAUGUGGAGAAGACAAUGAAUGUCACAGCAAUCUUAAGCUUCAGUACCGAUUUUGUACAAGAGAGGGAAAUGAAGACAGGUUUACUUAUUUACCACUUGAAAAUGGCAUGCCAGUGCUUGUUCUGAAAGACCAGAAAGAUAUUGCCCUGGAAAUAACAGUGACAAAUAAUCCAUCUCAUGUAAAAAAUCCACAAAAUGAUGGUGAAGAUGCUUAUGAAGCUAAACUAAUUGCAACCUUUCCAGACAGUCUGACGUACUCUGCAUUCAGAGAGAUGAGGGGUUAUCCUGAAAAACAACUAACGUGUGGUGCUAACCAAAAUGGCUCUCAAGCAGAGUGUGAACUUGGAAAUCCUUUCAAAAGAAAUGCUAAUGUAACCUUUUAUCUGAUCUUAAGUACCACUAAAGUUAAUGUUGAUACUACAGACUUAGACAUUAACCUGAAGCUGGAAACAACAAGCACUCAAGUUAAUUUGACUCCAAUUACAGCCAGUGCUAAAGUGGUUCUUGAAUUGCUUUUAUCACUCACUGGAGUUGCUAAGCCUUCUCAAGUAUAUUUUGGAGGUAACAUCAUUGGUGAGAGUGCUAUGAAAUCUGAAGAUGAUAUUGGAAACCUCAUAGAGUAUGAAUUCAGAGUAACUAACUUGGGCAGACCACUGAAAACAUUUGGCACUGCUUCCCUGGACAUCCAGUGGCCGAAAGAAAUUAGUAAUGGCAAAUGGCUGCUUUAUUUGAUGAAAAUAGACUCCAAAGACUUGGAAAAAGUCUCCUGUCAACCCGAGAAUGAAAUCAACAGUUUGCGUAUUGCGGAGUCCCAUAAUUCAAGAAGGAAGCGUGAAGUUGCAGAGAAGCAGAUUACAGACAGCCAGGCAUUUUCUUUAUUCUCAGAAAGAAAAUACAAGACCCUGAGCUGCAAUUCGAAUGCACGCUGUGUGGACAUAAAGUGUCCCCUGAAGGGUUUAGACAGCAAGGCAUCUAUUGUGCUGCGUUCCAGACUGUGGAACAGUACCUUCUUAGAGGAAUACUCAAAAAUGAAUUACCUUGACAUUCUCGUUAGGGCUUCUAUCAGUGUUCCUGCUGCAGCCAAGAAUGUUAAACUCACAAAUGAAGUUGCUCAGGUGCGUGUGACUGUAUUUCCUGCAAAAGCAGUAGCCCUUUAUACAGGAGUUCCCUGGUGGAUCAUCGCGGUGGCUAUCCUUGCUGGAGUACUCAUGCUUGCACUGUUGGUAUUCUUACUAUGGAAGUGCGGGUUCUUCCGGCGUUCCAGGUACGAAGACAGUGUCCCCCGCUAUCACGCUGUAAGAAUUCGAAAAGAGGAGCGACAGAUCAAAGAUGAGAAAAGCCAAGACCUUGAGACAAAACAGUGGUUCACCAAAUGGAACGAAAAUGAAAGUUAUUCUUAGGCAAAAAUGUUGUUUAUCCACAAAGUUCAGAUAGAGGUUAAGGUUUUCAUUUGUGGAAUAGUGAUGGAGUUAGACCUAUGAACACUACAGACAUUCACCAUUUGAUUGUAGAUAUUACUACUUAUAUUGAGGCUUUUAUUUGCACAGUUAAAAUGGCUUCAACAGACUUUAUUUGCCAUAUUUAAUUUCCACACUGCCUCUUCAUCCCCCUUAAAUAGAACCCACACUUUAGAAAAUACUAUGCUGAUUUGGGGUCUUUUCUGCAAAAUAAGCAAAACCACUACAGCAGACCUUUUGAUCCUCCUGUGAUCCUGACUUUUUUCCUAGUUAUUUAAGGAAUGCAUGAUUAAGGUCGAGUUCUUCACUGUUCCCUCAAUGCACAGUGCUCUAUUAACACACAGUGGCCUUGUCGCACUUUGUUCAAGUAUAACUGAAGACCUGUGAGUCUGCUUUAGUCAUAACCUUUGCCUGCUGCAGUAGUUAGAGCUUAACAAAAAGCAUCAUCUUAAAUUACACGUGCAAUGGGUCAUGUUGCUUGAUUUUGGGGUGUUUUUUUUGUUUUUUUUUUUUAAGAUCAGAUGGUGUGAUUCUUGCUCACAACAAAUAUACACAGUUUUGGGGUUUUUUUUAAGAGAGGCUUGAAUAUUAGAUGUACUUUCUGUAUAUAUAUUUUUUAGUCAUUUUUUGUAUUUAUUUUUAUUAUAAAUCAUUGUCUUUGACUAACUGGUAGGCCAAAGACUACUGAAUUUUUAAAUCCACUGUUCUGGUUUUUGUGUUUCUGUUUUUGAACUUCAAAUUAUGAGACCUGAGGCUUUCACUGCAUUUUAAUAAAUCACUGAAGGUGCCAAUGAUUUCUGAAAUGUAAAUAUUUAUGCAAAUUAUGUGUAUGGGUGCUUUCUUUUCCUGAUGCUUGUAACAUCAGGUACUGUAGCAUGAUUUGUAUAUUACUGUGGACUGUUUAUCAAUUUGGACACCAUGCUCAAGUAGUGUUUUAGAUACCGUUUUAUACUCACUGCAAGAAAGCGAAAAGUCCUUUGGAAACCUCUUUCCAGCUUUAUAAGGACUUCCUGGUUGGCAAAAGGCAUUGACUACUGCAACUGUUGUAUAGCACUUGAAGGAGGCUUUAGAUGCCUUACUUUCCUUAACUGUCAGGAUCUGAGCUGAUCCAUGUUGAGACUACUGAAUCAUCUUGAAUACCUGAAUGUUGACAAAAGUAGAAUAAUGUUAGUAAUAAUCCCAUUAUUGUAACAUAACUGAGAAAAUGAUUUAAAGAGUUUACUUUUUUACCCAUAUUCUAAAGCCUUGGUACUAUUUAAGAACAAAGAUUUAGCUCACAGUUGUAUAUUCCAUGUGAAACAAAAUUCUGCUCAAAAAAUAUGCAUGUUAAUUGCUUCUAAUACGAACUAUGCAAAAACCUCUUGGUACUUUUUCCCCUCAUAGGGUAAAAACCUGCUAGGAGGGCAGUUGUCAAGUAUCUUAUUUUUUACUGCUAACUUUGAAUGUACCUUCUUGGAAGGUGUGGUAGCCUAAAAAGUUACCUUUAGUGUUAAGAAAGAUGAGUCUAUUAAAACCACAUAAUUUCAGUAUGUUACAACCCUGACUUUAUGGACACUUACAUAUUAAUUCAGAUGUUACCAAAUUUUGAGCUUCUGGAAUCCUAGCUUGUUUGCUUAAAGGCUCAGUGGCAUCAGAAGCCAGGCUAACCGGGGGCUAAGAAGCUUGAGAAAUAUCCCUGAAUAUAAAAUCAGAUUGUGGCCCUCAUCUAAGAACAGGAAUGUCUUAGCAGUGUUAAAGUUCUUGAAAAAUAAGUCAUGUCACUGGUAUAUUUUUUCUCAAACUUUUGCUAGACCAGCUAAGAAUACUACAUCAUUCCAUGAUUAGCAAUUACCUGUGGAUAUUUGUAUAGAAGUGUGAAAUAAAUUUUUUUUAAUUAAA